AUGGGCAACGGGGGGCACUAUGAUAUCCUGAUUCCUUUACAGGACUUGCCCUCCGCAAGGAAUCCAAGGGAUACCAAUGAAAUCUAUCAAGAACCAACACCGUCGGAUGGACCAGUAGCCCCUCACCGAGUCAGCCUUGACUCCAACGGCAGUAUACGCAUCAAGGAAGAGGGACAGGACCGAUCAAAGGCAGAGCGUCGAAAAAUCCUGGUACGGCGGGACCGAUCGACCGCUGUUCGGUAUUUCCUUCAAUUCCAUAUGAUUCCACUCGCAGCCGCAAUAACGCUCAUCAUCCUGAACGUCCAAACACGGUUCCUUGGGACCGAUAGCCAAUGGUCCAACUUACUUCAAUUCAUCGCCAAAUUCCACGAGAUCCUGAUGCAAAUCUCGAUCGCGACGGCGCUGGGCGCCUACCAACAAUACCUGCUCACUCAACCCACCUCUGCGGUGCCGUUUGGAGCUAUUUUCUCUGCAUAUCACACCACACAAGUGGGCUAUUUAUGGUCACCUGAAUUCCGCGCCAGUUUGACGACUCCUGGGUUCCCACUGCUUCUAAAGAUGGGGUUUGUGGUUUUUGUUCCUGCGAGCAUCUUACUUGCUUCUGCUGUCGGGCCUGCCAGCGCUAUUGCAAUAUUGCCCAGAUCCGUCAAUUUCACCCUACCAGACUACCAAUUAGCGUUGGAUCACACCUACAGUGAUGUCUUUCCAACGGCAUUUAUCCAGUCUGGCUCGCGUUUAGAAGAUGGAAUUUUCAACCAAAACGAACAAUCUCCUGCCAUUGGUUGGGAAUAUCUCAGAGGUCUUCCAAGCGUGGGACAAGACCAGCCCACGUUGGUCGGGACGCAGGUAGUGCAUAAGGAUUUGGGGAAUGGAUACGGAACAUUUGUCGAGGAGAUGCCACCCCUAUACUCAGUCGACCUGUUGACUGUGAUUCCGCGUACUUUAUCCCUCUCCGACACAUUCACACGAACCUUAUACGUGCAAUUUGCCCCCAACGGCACAGUGGCUACGGUGCAGCAGGCCCCAAUUGCAGCAGGCCUAUACAGAGCUGUAAUUGGCUCCCUUGCAGUAGUGAACAACCGAGCUACAACUGGUGAGGCAAGCAUCCGAAUCGCACAUCCGUUUGUGAGCACCAUUUGCAUGCUGAAUGCGAUUAUGGACAAAAAUGACAGCCGCCCCAUUCAAUUCCCUGUAACUUAUCUUGCUACCAAUGCCUCGGGAGUUGAAACCACACCUUACACUAAUAUCACCCGACGACAGCUCUGGGACCAAAUUCAGAAUCAAGGGCAGGGGCAGGUCAUCUGGGUGGAUGAUGUUCCUUUUUCGACGGAGCGAACGCUAGGAGCCAUUGUCGUACAGCCGGAUCUCUGCGACAAUGGUCAAAAAUAUAUCAGUAUGUCCGCAUGUGCAGUAAGCGGGCUGUGGGCCAAUAUAACUUCUCGGAUGGUGGUUGCAACCAACGGGUCAACUACGACGUUCGGCUACCGAGUGGAAAGCCUUCUCUCGGGGGAUUUUCUCAACGCUCUCCCAGCAUGGCCGCCGCAUGCAGUCUCCAUAUCUAAAAAUUGGGCGAACAGCAUCACCACCCAAAUUGGUUAUCAGAAUCGAACGGUGGCGGACAGUCUCCUUCGGUCUCUCUUAUUGACUGAGAACGUGUGCCCGGCCAACGGUAGCUACCCGCUGUACUCACCGUACUCACCUGCAUCACGGCCUAUGAUGCACGAAGUCAUUGUUUCCUCUUUAGUGGCAAAUGGCAUGUCUCACGCAGCAGGUCCCUUCAAAAUGUCAGCACAAAAUCUCCACGAUGGCAACUUCCGAUGGAUAACCCCAAGUGGAGACCUGGUGAAACCCCCCAGCUUGAUCCUGACAUUCCAGUCUCGUGUUUUGGGCUUUGCAUGGAAUAUGGAUGGGACGGCGAUCAGAAUCUCUAUUCCGAUCCUUAUUUUAUAUUGUCUAUACGCAACUACCUAUGUUGUAUACACCUUCGUCACGGGGCAUAGCUCGCAUGCUUGGGACACAAUAUCAAGCCUUACAGCUUUGGCGUUCAAUUCAAGGCCCACCAAGGUACUGGAGAACACGGGUGUGCGCAUUUCACAGACAGAAACCUUCCGAAAUCUAGUCAGCGUUCAGGAAGUGGAGGCAGAGAAGCGGUUGGAGCUGGUCUUCCAACAGGAUGAACAGGGUCGAGGGCCAGAUGAAGACCUCAAGCGAAUCCGUGACAACCAGCGCAAAUGCCGGCAACGGCAGCGCGACCAUGUGGCCGAACUAGAAACCAAAGUCGCAACUUAUGCGGAGGCUGCUGCUCAGGCAGACAUGAGGUGGCAGGCUACAGAAGAGAAGCUUCGCAAAGAAAACGAGGCACUGCGGGCCCUGCUAGCCUCCAGCGGUCUCAACUACGAUGUGCUGGAGCAUGAUACCGCCGAAAAGAGUCAAGAAGCCAUCUUAGAUGAGACACAAACCAGUCUCAGCUUUGCGGCAGAUACAGUGCCGACCACCCUUAAACUGCACGCUGGCACAUUUCCCCUGCAGUUGCCGAACGUUAUUCCUAGCUUUGGAUUUUCCGCUACGAUACCUGGGGUUGCAGAUACUGGACUUCCGGCGCCUUCGAGUGUGGGUUUUACGCCCUCGCCAUCUACAAAUCUUGAUACUUGCCUGAACUUUCCAGUCUCCAAUCUCUAUGGACCGACGGUGCUGGAGAGAGAAUCACAAACCCGUCUGCUUGAGCUUUCGCCUCUGGCUAACCAAAGUACAACCGGCGGUGAUAUCACCAUAGGAUUACUUGAUCCUAUUUUACAAGACACAACCCUUUGCGCUGUUGCCAUUCGGAUCAUUCAUCACUGUGCCCCACACGACCAUGACAAGGAAGAGGAAAUCGCAUUGGCAUUUGGGUACAGCGCGAAAGACCUACGGGCUCUUCCAGACAAAGCAAACCUAGGAUUAAGUUGUGGCAAUCCAGUGGCAUAUGCGAAUAUCAAGCAGGGAGAGACAAUUGUCGACCUCGGAAGUGGAGGCGGCAUCGAUGUUCUUCUCGCAGCUCGCAAGGUUGGACCAGAAGGAAAGGCCAUCGGGAUUGACAUGACGAAGGAUAUGAUUGAUCUCGCGAAAAGAAAUGCCGAAGCGGCUGGUCUGUCCAAUACAGGGUUCAUUGAGGCCUCUAUCACCUCGAUCCCGCUCCCGGAUGCCAGUGUCGACUGUAUCAUCAGCAACUGUGUCAUCAAUCUUAUCCCAUCAAAGGAUAAACCCUCUGUAUUCCAAGAAAUUGCUCGCUUACUGAAGCCGGGCGGAAGGGUUGCUAUCAGUGACAUCCUGGCGAGGAAGGAGCUCCCAGCGAACAUCGUCAACGAUAUUGCUCUCCAUGUAGGAUGUAUUGCAGGAGCCAGUCAGCUUGCGGAGUAUGAGGACUAUCUCGGACGCGCAGGAUUCAAAGACAUUCUGAUGGUGGAUACCAACGCAGACCUCAAUCUUUAUAAACAAUCCUCCUACCUAGGUCAGAGUAAAUGGUGUGGCCCAGCAGGUUCUUCCAAACAGCGGGCCACUGAGAUUACUGAGAUGGACUUCAAUGAAUGGGUUGCCUCUUUUCAGAUUUAUGCUAUCAAAGGUGGUAGUGUCUAG